AUGGCCCGGGAUCUAGCCAAGGAGGCAGCACAGAGGUCCGCAGAGAACAGCCGCUGUGUGUGGAUUAUUGUUGUAAAUAUUAUUCCAGCAGCGGGACGCCAGCAGGAGCUCUACACACUCUCCUCCAUGAUCGGGAGGGCGAGCAAACUCGGCAAAGAUGGAAAAACCUGGUGGAGGCAGGACGUAUCGUCUCCCCAGCAUCACCUAAAGAACUGGAAGAUGAUGCUGUGGGUGCUGGCAUCAUUGCUCACUCUGGUGGAAGAUGUGUUUUCUGAGGAGGACAAUAAAGAGGCUCCAUCAGACCUCCAGCGUGUCCUCAGAAUCCCCUCUUUGUCUCCUGCUGGGGAUCAGGACCGGGGCAGCAGGGGCCACAUAUCCUGGCCAGGGGCCCUUGAUGAGUGGUCACUAAUGCAAGAUGGGGAAAUCCAUCAAAGCAGAUGGCGGCGAGCCUACCGUGACCCAGAUUUGCCCAGAACAUCGAGGAGAAACCGCAAAAAGACCAAGAGCAGUCAUGACUGCCAUCUGGAGAGGAAGGAGAUGCGGGUGCGAGACCUGGGUCUUGGCUACGACUCGGACGAAAUAAUCCUCUUUAAGUACUGUGUUGGGACAUGCCACAGCUCUCGCAAGAACUAUGAUCUGGCCCUAAAGGCUUUGAUGGAAAAUGGGAGCAUCUCCGGGAAGAAGGUUAGCAGUCACCCUUGCUGUCGGCCGACCCGGUAUGAGACCGUGUCCUUUAUGGAUGAACAGACUACCUGGCAGACCAUCAGGUGGCUCUCCGCGGCCAACUGCAGCUGUUUUAGCUGAUAGUAAGGAAGAUACUGUAUAUCACAAGCACAGAAAAGCUUUGUUAAGCUAAAGGGCAGCAUGCUGUAAGGACUGGUGUGUGAAGUGGGUGACCGAACCCUGAUUCAGUUUGGGCAUGCGAUUGGAUCCUCAAGGCAGCGGCCAUGGUCUUCGCUCCAUGAAUAGCACCAGCAGGCUAACUGGAUGUUUGCCACAAGCCUGGGGCUUAGCAGGGUUUGUUUUAAUGCCACUAGCAAGAAGCAGAGGAGGAAACUAUCAGUACUGUUCCGGUCCAUAAUGGACUAUAUGUUGUUUCCUUUACCUAGGCUAUUGAAGGCUUAUUGCAGCCAUGUCUGAGGUCUUUAGCUCUUAGAAGCUAACCAAAUCUAAAAAAAAAAGCUCACCGGCUAGGAAGCUAACACAUUAGCUGGUCCUCAUGUAGCCGCUAGUGUUAGUUGACGCUAACUGCAUACAGGCAUUUGUGGCUGAUACAUAUUCCAGCAGUUAUGAAGGGCAACAUUUUUCUUAAAGUGUUCACAAGAUUCAUUUCAGCAAAUUAAAUAACACAUUUCAAACUUUAUUAUUUAAUUUAUGUUGAAUAUGAUAAAACUACAUCCCCUUCAUUUCCCCUGCUGCUAGGGCUUGAAAAAAAACGAGUUCUCCAUAAGCUGCUGCAAUAAAACAAUCCAAUGGCUGCCCAACCUGAAAUAUAAUUGGAACAAGUUUCCUUUAUAGUGAAUUGAACUAAAUUAAUAUUAAAAUACAUUUUAAGAUGAAUAUGUGUUUUAGAUUUACAUAUGGUUUUAUUCAUCAGCUUCAAAGGUCUGCAUGGUGAGACUUUUUAAUACUGACAUGUUAUUGUGCAAGAUAACCAAACCAAAACCUUUCAUUUGUUCAGGUCAAAGUAAUCAAUGUAUCUAAAAGACAUGUUUGCCUUUCCAUUGGCUCUACUCUAUCAAUCGACUCUACAGCAUUGUUGAAAUAUUUAUUUUUUUCUUAUGGUUGUUUUAUAGACAAGGGUAUUCAUCAUUCAUUUGCCAAAACCAGUUAUCUACUGAACCUCCAAGAUGGAGAGGAAUGUGAUUUCUGGACAUGUGUAAAUCAACUGCGAAGCCUCAAUUCCAUAAACAGCCUAAAAUCUACCAAAAACAGUUUAACCAGUUUAAAGACCAAAAACUAUGAUGUGAAGACAUGCUUAUAAGAAAUAAGAACCUUUUAUAAGUAGGUCUGUUUUAUUUGUAAAUACAAUGGUCUUCAUAAGACCAACAUUUCCUUUCACCAUGUGAUACCUUCCAGGGCAGCUAACACCAUCUGGUCAAGGAGAAGGCAUUAUCAUUCAUUAGAAGUCGUUAUUAGCAACUGUAGUCAAUCUUCAAAUGUUCCUAAAAAUAUCUCUUACCCUCGCACACAAUUCAAGUUUUGAAAUACAAAACAGUUUAGCUUGGUUUAUUUUAGUGCAUGACAUUCAUAAAACAUUACAUGACCCCAACGGCUUUCUAAAUUCAGCAGAUCAGAUCAUAACAUGCUGUCCUCUAGCCAACAUAUGCUAAUUGUAAAUGCCACAGCAGCUCGGGAGGACCUGUUAAAAGCACAGCUUGUUUACAUCUCUGUCAACAGUCUAUUGUAGGAUGCCAACACAAAUAUAGUCAUGAGGCGGCCAUCAAUCGCAUUGACAGCUUUUCACCACGCGGUCUAUUUUCAGAUCAGGUGCAACAUGAUGAAUGAUCACAAGUUAUAUGCAACAUGGUCACAUCUAAUUCAGUUUCUACCAAUUAAUUUCAGAAAGUGGUGUCCAGAGAAGCCAAUGACACAAUGAUAUUAAUCACCACUAACAUUAUUUCACACAAAGCUCAGCGUUAUAAGCAUUUUCUAGUCUUUUGAACACUAAAUAUUGGGAUGUUUACUUUGUAGCAUCACAAAUCACAUGUUGUAAUAUCUGACAUGCAGGUGCUGAAAAACAGUAUUCAUACACAUUGUUUUUUGUUCACCUAUAUUGAAAAUAGUUUAAAAAUAUCCAAGUGAAAAAUUUAAUUAUAGGCAGUAUGUAUCUCUGCAGUGUGUUUCCACAGAUAACAUUGGAAUAACAAAGCACCCUUGAAACCUUGAAACCCUCUGCAUGUUUUUAUUACUAUGGUUGCUUUUGCCCCACACCACUCAGCUCACUGACAUCCUUCCAAUUUUGCUGUGUUUUGUUAUUGGUGAUAAUCCGCAGAAUGCUUACAGCCAAGCUUGCACGCAAUCUCACAUUUGCUUUCAAUUACACCAACCUAUGUUUUUUUAUGACAGCAAAUAAAGGUUGUACAGUUUGGAAGCAAAACAGACACAUAUCCAAACAUGGACCAGCUUACUGUAUCAGCCUACAGUUAAAUUCUUAAACUUUAAACAAACUGUGUAGCUAGGAAGAUAUAAAAAAAAGCUUCUACCUACUAAAGGGUCAAAGGUUACACUUUUUACAGAGCUAGACAAAUGUUUUUCUCUCUGCUUUGUGCUAAGAUUAGAUGUACACGAACAAUGGGUGCUUCUCAUUUAUCUCAAAUGUCUACACAUUUUUUCACUCACAUUGUAUUCUCAUAGCUUAGUUUAUUCCAUGUAUGAGAAAGGGAUGCAGGUAAAGAUGUGAGGGCAGUGCUUGACGGUAAAAUAUUUUAGUAUUUUUUCUACCCCUUCAUAAUAUCCAAAUUAUAAUGUCUCACAGAUACUAAUGUCUCUGUGUGGUUCUCCUUAAAUAAAAAGUUAUUGAACAAGCAUAUGCACAUUAACUAAAAACACGUAUUCUGCAUUGAUGUUGUAAACAAUUCUGAUUUCAUAGCUCAUGAACAAAUACAUGUAAUACCUGACGCAGGGAUUUUCAGCCUCAUAGAAAACCAUAUUUAAUCAAAUCGUUUUUGGGUGAGAUACAUAAGACUCCUCCUCUUCAUGACUUGUUACAGGCUUUUAAAAGCAUUUUUAUUCAGUGGUAUUACCGAUCAAAACAUUUAAUGGCAAAUCUGAUAUACUGAGAUCAGAAGUGAGAUAACACCUGAGUUGAAUCUGUUAUUUGCCCCAGUGAUCUACAGUAAGGGGCAGCAUCCUUGCUUUUCAAAACAGAAAAGGAUCCAUUUUAGCUCAACCGUGGACAGAGGAGUGAGGAGACAUGAAAUAAGGCAAAAGAGAAACACUCUAAAGAGAUUAGACAAUGACCAUAUUUCUGACAAUGACGGACUGUCCCUUGAAGAGCUAAAGUGUCCCUGACCAAGACAAAGGAGGUGUUUAAAAGAGAUUCUCUAAUUAUGUAUACUCAUGGAUUAUACUCAAUGAACCCUGGAAAUAAAACAGUUUAUAUUGACUGUGCUUUGCAUACAGUAUCUGAUUGUCUGAUUCAGAAUAUCAGGAGCAACAUCAUUUCUGAGGCCUUCAUUCAAAACAUGUCAAAAUGCUCUGUAACUAAAUGUCUGUUAGAUGCUAUGCAUCAUGUUGCCUUGAUGUACAUAAGAGUAUUUAUUGUUUAAAUUAUUUUAUUUAUUCUUUACUUGCAUUAAAGCUGUUCUGAAGAUGUUAUUAUUAUUCAUGAAGUAGCCAUGCGUAUUUGUGUUUUCAAUUUAGCAUUUUUUCAAACAAUUGCAUAUAAAGUCAGGAAGGGAUAGCACUCCGAGUCCCAAGGUCCAUCAAAAACGUAAGAAGACAGGAUAGUGCCAUUAGUAUAAUAUUUGACUUAUACCAUGUGAAAUUACAAUAAUUUAAUAAAUGUAAAGAGUUUACUCUCCAGCACUCAACUGGCUAAUCCGAAAGUAAAAAUGUAAAUGUUAAGCAGGUAAAAUAGGAACUGUUAGACAAAGUAUAAUAUGCAUGAGAUAAUAGAAUGACUAAACCAAAACAUCAAUCCUUGUUUCUAUUCUAUUAGAUAUUAUAAUUAUUAAAUAGAAAAUAAGGAAAAUAAAUUACUAAUUUCUCAAUUUUUAAUUGAGGCAACGUUUCAGGAGCUAAGAAAAGCAACCCUGUUUUUUGACAAAGCAUUUAAUAAAUAAUUUCUAAACUGUUGAUUUAUCUUAGGAGUUAGACUUCAGUUUGUUUGGAAUAUUAAAAAUGACUACAUUUGUAGAUGCAUAUCACUGGACAGUGACCAAAUUAACUGAACACACUGAAUAAAAGAUACAUAAUAGAGCAUUAAUAUCAAUUGAAUUAAAUAAAUUACUGUCUCAAAUUAUUUUGUUGGCACACUCAAUACUCAAAAAUGCAAAUACAAAAAUGAAAGCCUGUAAUAUAAAGAGUUCUAUCCAGUUUACUGAAGUAAUUGAUUUUCCUACAUUAAAAUAUCAUAAAAUUACCCUACACUAAAUCCAUAACAGAAAUGUAGGCCUCAAACAUGCUAAUGAUGCCUUAUAAUCCCUGAUGAGGAAGGCUUCACCAGCAUGGAAUAACUUUAUGUGUGGACUUGUUUCUGUUAACUAGGGCUACACUUAUUUGACACUACCACUCUAACUUGCAGUAUGUCCUGACACACUGAGCAACAGUUAUUUUUCGGGGGCAUGUUAGGUCCUCACCCAACAGAUUGCAGUUCAAAAGAAAUGUGAGAAAUAUAACAAAUGGGAAUAGUCUUUAUAUAUGUCGUGGUCAUGUAUUAUCUUGAAUAUAUUCAGAAUGUUUGAAAAUGUAUUGUAUAUAGCCUUCUGAACACUAUUUUUGUACAUUAUAAAU